AUGAGUUACUUUUUGAAAUACGUCGAAAUCGAUAAUUUCAAAUCGUACAAAGGGCAUAUUGUUAUCGGACCAUUACGAAAAUUUACAGCAAUCAUUGGACCAAAUGGAUCGGGUAAAUCAAAUCUUAUGGAUGCCAUCAGUUUUGUUUUGGGUGAACCGACGAAAAGCUUACGUGUGCGAAAAUUAUCUGAAUUAAUCCAUGGUGCACCAAUCAAUAAACCCGUUAGUAAUCGUGCGUCGGUUUCUCUAAUCUUUGUUUCGAUCAAAACGGACCGUCAUGGUGAGCGUACGGAACAUGAAAAGCGCUUUCAACGUUUAAUUGUCGGCAAUGCAUCCGAAUAUCGUGUCGACGGUCGUCAAUUAUCAGCAACAGAAUACACCGAAGAACUGGAGAAUAUGGGCAUCAUCCCGAAAGCAAAGAACUUUCUUAUUUUCCAAGGUCAAGUCGAAUCGAUUGCAAUGAAAACACCAAAAGAGUUCACGGCUAUGUUUGAAGAACUAAGUCGUAGUGGAGAAUUACGCGAAGAAUAUGAACAAGCUAAACAAGAGAAAAACAAAGCCGAACAGGAUACUCAUGCAAAUUUCCAGAAGAAAAAAGGCGUUGAAAAGCAAAAGAAAGAAGUCCGAUUGGAAAAAGAAGUUGCUCAGAAAUAUGCAGCGUUGAAAACUCAAUAUGACGAACUUCAAUUACAAUUGAAAUUAUUCCAAUUAUACCACAAUAAACAAGAGUUAGCCGAAAAACGUGACAUCGCCGAAAAGAAAAAAGACGAAGUAGCGAAACUGGAGAAACGUAAGGAGGUGUCGGAUGAAGAUAUCAAAACGAAGAAGAAAGAACUGGCUCAUUACAAUAAAGAACUUGCACAUGAUGAGCAAAAAGUGAAAGACUUGGAAACACAAAUCAAUAAAAAUCGACCGACUUACAUCAAAGCAAAAGAGAACUCCACUCAUCAUCAGAAAAAACUUGAUCUAGCCAAAAAAACACUCGCUGCAGCUGAAAAAGCACAUGCUGCACACGAUGAAGAAGUUGCUAAAUAUGAAAAAGACCUACACGAAGUCGAACGGAUGAGAAAAGAAUACGAAGACAAAAUUCAAGAUGAAUCACAACAUAGUGGUCGAAAUUUAGCUUUAGAAGAGAAUCAAAUGAAAGAAUAUCGACGACUGAAAGAAGAAGCAGCGAAGAAAAUGACACAAUUCAGUGAAGAAUACGAUUCCAUUGAUCGUCAACAACAAGUCGAUACGACAAAUCUUGAACAAGAACAACGAAGUCAAACAGAUCAUAAAGCUCGAAUCAAACAAACCGAACUACGCAUCGAAGAAUUGAACGGCAAAAUCGACAAAUUGGGUGGUUAUAUUGCCGACCUCGAACGAGAGUUCAACGAAAAACAGGCGAAUGUAGAAGCACUCGAAAAAGAAGUUACUGAAGGACGAAAACGUUGUGCGGAACUCGAAGAAGAACUCGAUCAAGUCAACAAGGAAAUUGGCGAUGCGCGCUCUGAUCGAAACGAAACGAGUCGUGCACAACGACGCGCUGAACUUAUCGAAAAUCUCAAACAAUUUCCAGGCGUGUACGGUCGUUUGAUUGAUCUCUGCGAACCAACUCACAAACGUUUUCAAAUGGCUAUAACUAAAGUUCUUGGUCGUAAUAUGGAUUCUAUUGUCGUCGAACGUGAAACAACAGUUCAAUCUUGUUUACGUUAUAUGAAGGAACAUCGUUAUGAGCCUGAAACAUUUCUUCCACUGGAUUACAUUAAAGUAACGCCAGUGAAUGAGCAACUUCGAGAAUUACAAGAACCAAGAAAUGUGAAACUAGUUCUUGAUGUUAUCAAAUAUGAUAAACAAUAUUACAAGGCAAUCUUAUAUGCGUGCGGCAAUGCUCUUGUUUGUGAUAAUGAUGACGAUGCUCGAAGACUUGCUUAUGAAAGUGGAAGUCAAAAGAACAAAGUUGUUUCAUUAAAUGGAACACUGUUUAGUAAAUCAGGUGUGAUUUCUGGUGGCUCAAGUGAGUUGAAAGCUCGUGCAAAACGUUGGGACGAGAAACAUCUUGAUGCUUUACGCAACCGUAAAGAUAAAUUAUUUGAUGAAUACAAAGAACAACAGAAGAAAAAACGACGUGAGGCUGAAUUAAUCAAUGCACGAGCACAGCUACAACAAUUAGAAAGUCGAUUACGUUAUUCGAGAACAGAUCGAGAAACAGCAGAAAAGAAGCAGAGAAUUCUCAUUGAAAAAGACCUCGUCGAUUUCAAUGAUAAACUCGAAGUCUAUGAGCCAAAAAUCAAAGCUUUACAAGCAGCCAUCAACGAACGAGAAAAGCGUAUAUCGAAAUUGCGUGUCCAAAAGAACAAGAUUGAAGAUGCUGUUUUCGCUGAUUUCUGCAAACAGAUUCAUGUGUCUAAUAUUCGUGUUUAUGAAGAUCGGGAAUUGCAAGCGGCGGAGAAACGCGCUCAAGAACGUUUGGAAUUCGAAAAUCAAAUCACAAAGAUCCAGACAAUGUUGGAAUUUGAACGAUCACGAGAUACGGCUGCUCAUGUUGAACAAGUUCGACGAGAAGUCGUCACGUUAGAAGAUGCUCUGCAAAAAUGUCAAAAGAAUGAAAAGAAGUAUCGUAAAGUUAUUGAAGAUUUACAGCAUGAAAUUGGCGAAAUCAAAGAUCGACUACUUGAUCAAAAGAAAAAGAUCGAGUUUCAAGAACGGGAAAUAUCCGACUGUACAAAGCGUGCUGCUCAAUUGAACAAAGACUAUAACGAACAACGAAAACGUCUCCAGUUGAUCGAAAGUGACAUUGAAAAGCUACGACACGAUCGACAUAAUUUCUUUCGAACAGCGAAGCUCAAUGAGAUCUCGCUACCUUUCCGUGGUAAUGCCGGUUCAAUGGCUGCAAUAUCACUCGCCGAAACUUCAUCAUCGGAUGAUACAACAACCAUUCAAACUCAAGGCAGUUCUUUAUCUACAUUCACGACGGAUUCGUCGAACAUAUUGAACGGUGAUGGAAAUUCAACCAAUCAGUUUGAAAGCCGACAGAUUUUCGAUAUGGAAGACAAAUUCGAAUUGAAUUACAAGCGUUUACGCGAUGAUUUGAAAAAGAUCAAUUACGAACAAGUUGAUAAAGAAGAAAAACUAUUGAUCAAACAGAUGUCGGAUAUUGAAACUCAACUACAAAAGCAUUUACCACAAACAUCAGCUAUUGACGCACGUUCACGCGAAGUGAAAACAACGUUCGACUUGACAAACGCUGAAUUCGAACGGGCACGUAACGCAGCUAAGCGUGCACGGCAAGCAUUUGAAAAAAUAAAAAAAGAACGUUAUGAUCGAUUCAACGCGCUCUACGAACAUGUUUCAACAUGUAUCGAUGAUAUUUACAAAUCGUUAACGAAUUCUCAAGCAGCCGUCGCUUGUCUAACAGCGGAAGAUGCUGAGGAACCUUAUCGAGGUGGUAUAACAUACAAUUGUGUUGCACCGGGAAAACGUUUUCAAGCCAUGGAAAAUUUAUCUGGUGGUGAAAAAACUGUUGCAGCCAUCUGUUUAUUGUUUGCUUUAAGAAGUUUUAAACCGGCACCAUUCUUCUUACUUGAUGAAGUUGAUGCUGCUCUUGACAAUACAAAUAUUGGCAAAGUCGCUGAUUUUAUUCGUGAACAAUCGGCAUCCGAAUUUCAAUGUAUCGUUAUUUCGCUCAAAGAACAAUUUUAUUCACGUGCUGAUGCACUCGUAGGUAUUUAUCCUGAACCCGGCGAUUGCAUUACUAGUCAUUGUCUUACACUAGAUUUGAAUCAGUUUGAUGAACGAGAAAAUGUCGCAAAUACACGUGGUUAA